GUCAAAAACUCCACAUGGUUUUGUGUGCAAAAUUGUAAAUUUUGGCUAAUAUUUUAACUCUUUAUUUUUGUGUUUGUCCUAAAUUAAAACAAUGUCGGAUGUUCCUGAUCUAAGUAGUGACGAGGAGCAUUUUGAAGAUGACGAGUGGCAGGAGAUGGAGGCGAGCAAUACCAUGGUAACAUGUUUAUUUUGUUCUAACAUCUUACCCAAUGUUGACGAUGCCCUUAUUCACUGUGAAAAAGAGCACAAAUUCAGUCUAAACGCUCUGAAAACGAAGUUUAACAUGGACUGCUACUCUUACAUAAAGCUAAUCAACUACGUCAAGACCCACAAAGUGAAACCAGAGGUUAUAGUUAACACUGACAAAGUAAUUUGGGACGAUGAAAAGUAUUUGAAACCCGUUGAAAAUGAUGACUGGUUAAUGUACGACUUCGAUUCUAUAGUGGAGAAGCCCGGUUCUCCUAAAAGUUACCAUGCUAAUGUUGAAAAUGGGUUGGUGACUCUUUCACAGUCACACUUCAUAGAACUUCAGAGUACAAUCCAGGCUCUGACAGAACAGUUAAAAGAGAGCCAAUCGCACCUCCAGAUGGCUAAAGAAGACAUGAACAAGAUGAAAGACUCUAUGAAGACACUAGUUGAUGGAGGACCAAGCAAAGGAGACAGUGUUGUUGCAAACUGCGUGGCUAAAGUAGCCCUCGAAGAUGAUGAAGGAUACUUCAGCUCAUAUGCUCAUUUUGGUAUUCACUAUGACAUGUUGUCAGACAAAGUUAGGACAGAAAGUUAUAAGAAAGCCAUCCUAAGCAAUAGUGAAACAUUGAAGAACAAAACGGUAUUAGAUCUUGGCUGUGGAACCGGCAUCUUGUCAAUGUUUGCAGCCUCAGCGGGAGCAAAGAAAGUGUAUGCUCUGGACCAGUCUGAGAUUGUGUUCCAUGCCAUGGAUAUUAUACGAGAAAACAACCUGCAUGAAACUAUAAAAGUUAUAAAAGGACGACUCGAGAAUACAAAAUUGGAUGAUAAAGUGGAUAUUAUCAUAUCAGAAUGGAUGGGUUAUUUCCUACUGUUUGAAGGCAUGUUGGACAGUGUGAUAUAUGCUAGAGACAACUGCCUCAACCCUGGUGGGCUGCUGCUGCCAAACCGGUGCAACAUCAGCCUAGUAGCAAAUGGAGACAUUGAGACACAUAAGAAACUCAUUGAAUUCUGGUCUGAUGUGUACGGCUACAAAAUGAAUUGUAUGAAAUCCGAAGUAGUGAGAGAAACUAGUGUAGACAUAGUCAAUUCUAAGCAUAUAAUAUCUGAGCCUUGUGUUGUUAAAGAUAUUGAUAUAAACACAUGUACUACUGAUGUCAUGGACUUUACGUCUACUUUUAGUCUGCCAAUUACAACAGAUGGAGCUAUUACAUCUCUAGUUGGUUAUUUUGAUACAUUCUUUGAGCUACCGAGUGAGGUUUCAUUCUCCACGGGUCCACAUGUCACUCCAACUCACUGGAAACAAACUGUCUUCUACUUCCGUGAUUGUAAACAAGUGAAAGCUGGUGAUGUGAUCAAUGGUACAAUUAUUUGUAGUCGACAGAAAGCUGAUGUGAGGUCCCUAUCAGUGCAGUUAGAUAUUUUUGGUAAAUCACAUAAGUAUAUUCUUAGUUAAAUCUCUGUACAGCUUGUGAAGAUUUUUGUGUUUUAAGAUAAAGCUGGUAUAGAACCAUCAAUUUAAUCAGAAACCAUAAUUAUUGUCAACACAGGAUUGCAAUAAACUGCAGGUUAUUUGCAUAUUUUUUAUGGUUGAAUCCUAUUCUACAAGCUGUAGGUAGGUACUUAUUGUUAUUCAAUUCUUUAUUUACACCUUUAUAAACAACAUUUCAGAUAUGAUCAGAAAAGUUAUUUCAUCACAGUCAUUUUUCAACCCCCUUUUUUUCAUUGAGUAUUUUUAUUACCUACCUAUUGAUAACUGAAUGUGCUUUAAAAAUGCAAAAUUUAAAUAUAGAUUUGUAACCAGUGCUUUGUGCAAUAGUUCCUAAGGAUAAAUGAAUAAAAAUAUGUUUUUUUCUAUGAAAAUCUUUAUUUUGAUUGUACACUUAAUUUACACAAAGGUGUUUAGAAUAGUUUUAGGGUUCAGAGACCCUUGAGUUCUAACUAAUGUAAUACCAACAUUAUUAUUAAAUGAGAGUAGGUGUUUGAGCUUGUUAGGUAUUGCAUCUUGGUAUUCAGAUACAAGAAGUCGUGAUUAAACAUUAUCCAUGCUCCAAUAAAUACUAUUUAUUUUAAUAUCGUUAAAAUUAAUUUAAAAAAAUAAGGCUUCUAAAAAAUCAUAUUGUUAUUGUAAUGCAUUAGACCAAUAAUAAAUACUAUAUACCAUCGACAUUUUUAAAUAGCAGAAAUAUAUUCUCAUUUUGUAAUAA